CGUAACUCCCAUCGUGGCAGUGACCCUCGUGGGAUUGAAAGCCAGAAGUGAAGAAAAGAAAAUCGCAGGCAGAGAAACCGACCGCUCACUGAUUGUCAUUGGACCCGCUCGUCAAAAUGCUUUUGCUAGACUACCAUAACGUUCUCAUCCACUCCCUCCUAACGGAGCGGUUCUCUGGAGCCCCGCCCGUGUCAAUCGAUCAAAUCGUCUCCGACUUUGAUGGAGUGACCUUUCAUCUGUCCACGCAUGAAUCCAAAACCAAGAUCCUCAUUUCCAUCAACGUGAAAUGCUUCCGAGAGCUCGUUCAGUACGGUGCCCAGGAGGUGCUGGAAAGGGAAUACGGCCCCUAUAUCGUUACCCCGGAGCCUGGCUAUGACUUCUCGAUUCUCAUCGAUUUGGAGAACCUUCCGGCCGAGCAAGAUGCGAAGGAUGAACUCGUCAUGCGUCUGGCGCUGAUGAAGCGGAACGCCAUGGCCGCCCCAUUCGAGAGAGCUUUCGAUGAGUUCGCCAAGCUAUCAGAAGAAGCGUCGAGAUACACAUCCGAGACAGCACCCCAGGGAGUCCAGGAGGGAGGAGAGGUUAUGGCAAUUCAUUAUCGAGAGGAGGAGGCCAUCUACAUCAAGGCCAGCCAUGAUCGUGUCACGGUGAUCUUCAGCACCGUCUUCCGUGAGGAGACAGAUCGCAUCUUUGGCAAGGUCUUCCUGCAGGAAUUUGUGGAUGCUCGACGCCGUGUCCUGACCUUGCAAAACGCCCCUCAAGUGCUCUUCCGGAACGACCCUCCCCUGGAGUUGGCUGGAGUUCCAGGCCUCCAGAACGGCAACGACGGCAAGAUCAGCUAUGUCACCUUUGUCCUGUUCCCUCGUCAUCUGACACCCCAGCGGCGGUAUGAGAGCAUCUCUCACAUCCAGAUCUUCCGGGAUUACUUCCAUUACCACAUCAAAGCCUCCAAGGCAUACAUUCACACUAGAAUGCGCAAGAGGACCGCAGACUUCCUCCAAGUCCUCAACCGCGCCCGGCCCGAGAACGAGGAGCGAGAGCGGAAGACGGCCAGUGGCCGUACUUUCAGGGUUCAGGGAUAAAGAGCUGGCUCAAGAAUAUAAUCUUUGUAAAUUGCGGGCGAGGGAAAGCAUACGUACAUGCAUAGGUCGAUUUUCUGCUUUAAGAUGUAUAGGUUGUUGAGCACCACAAGUAUUUUCUUUUUCUUUCUCCUCCCCUACUUACGU